AUGGAGACAUUACUGCGAUCUGGACUUAUACCACCUCGUUGCCUCCGCCCGCUGACAGAUUCGGAUUACGCCCAACCACCUGCCAUCGCCCUUGCGAUUGGCGGGGUCCACCGGCCAUUGCGACUGACUGAGAUCGGGUUGGGUGACGCUGAGAGGAGAGGAGUCGUCCCAAAUUGUUUCCCUUCGUUGCUGCUGCCCGGGUGGAGUACCCACGCACCGCUGGUUCCCAUAUCGGGAGCAGGCCAGGUCGUCAUCGAACCUCACCCAAGCCCGUCCUCCCCCCCCCCCCCCCCCCUGCUUCCCUCAAACAGCUGCCUCCUCGGAACUGACAUUGGCACCCGGUCAGAUCGCUCCGUCAUCAAAACGUGCAGCAAAGCGAUGCCCGGGGGCAGGGUCCCUCAAGCGGCCUAUGUCGAGGACUACGACGAAGAAGGCGGCAUCGUACCCGACAGUCGGCACUCAGCCAAUACGGCUAUCAAAGUCUCCUCCAGGUUGGCUCAUAGAUUCCCAGCGGAGCCGCUGAUCGACGGCGCCAGUGACUCAGGCUAUUCUAGUCGUACCGCCGCCACCGGCACCAGCACCCAAUCCGGCCCAUUGGGCGAGAGAAGCCCCCCCGUCCCUCAUAAGCUGGAUAUGCCCAAGCAUCGCACCGACCUAGCCCGAACCAGUUCCAGUCGACGGCCACGAACCGAGAGAGAGCGCGAACGCAUUCGACCGGAGCACGCUGAGAAGCCGACGGGGAUUCCAUCCCAUCAUCAUGCUCACGUGCAACGAUCCAACACCAUCCUCCACCAGAACUCUUCUACGAAAAAUCCGCCCGUUAUCAUCAAGCAACCACCCUCCACGCCCGUGGAUCACCACUUCGGCAUGGACUUUGCCUCUGCCUACCACUUUGGCCCGCCGCCGGUCCCGGACUACCCACCGUCCUCACCCCACGGGGGUCGUCAUCCGUACGCCGUCGAGGAGUUUCACCGUCCGGUGGGUCGAUCACACCAUUCCAAUUCCUAUCGGACACACAUGUAUCAUCAAGAUCGACCCGUCAGUAUGCACGCGGGCAUGAUGGGCCAUGCCGCCGCACCGGUCUAUCAUCACCCGGGGUCAUACUAUGACCAGGGCCCUCCACCCGCCUCAUCAGCGUAUGGUCAUCCAUAUGCCUCAUCCCCCUACGCCGGGUCAUAUUAUGCGGGAUCCGAGUAUGGACACCCGUCCGACUACCCGCCGAGCGAGCGAUCACGCUCGCGGACUCGAGAACGUCCGCCCCAAUCUCGUCCGCGUCGCUCGUCCUCGAUCUAUGGAGGACCGCCUCCCCCGCCCCCACCGCCGCAGAUGGAGCAAGGUGUCUUUCCGGAUUGGCUUGAUGAACCAGAAGACUCGUACUUCCCCCCGCCAAUCACAUCAGAAGUUUCUCGUGAGUAUCGCUCAAGGGAAGCACCGCGUGAAUACCACCGUGAACCCCACUACGACGCGCCGCGAGGGCGAGCCCCCAAACCUCCCCGCGAUGAAGAUUUCUACAAGAUGCCUCCCCCGCCGCGGCCGAUGCCUCAAAGACCCAAGGCCCAGGUUCACCAGGCGAAACGACCCGAUCGUCCCGAGCUCUCGCGCAAGGCUUACACCACUCAAGCUGUUCCGGCGGCACCGCGGCGUCAAUCGCGUGCGUCGAUGGAUAUGAGUGAUAUGGUCGCUGCCUUGCCCGAGCCCGGUCGACGGACCUCCCGUGAAACCAGACCUCGGCCUCGGUAUGAAAGUCUACGCGAAACUCGACGGUCAACAUCGUAUCACGACAGUGCCCGUGGCGCCCAAGUGGCCGUCGCAACCUCUCGCCGUCGUCGUCCUCGGGAGUACUACUCGGAAGAUGAGGAGGAAGAUGAGGAGGAAGAGGAUGUACGCAGCACGGGGACUGGCGACGGACUGGAAACCCGCGAACGUGAAGUGGAACGCUAUCAGGCUCAGCAGUCCGGCCGGACAAAUACUAUGCCUGCAUCCGCCGAAGCCCUUCUCACCAAGAAAGCGAUCGGUGCAGGUAGCGAUAACGGUAGCCAGAAGAGCCGAUCUAAUAGCAGCCGGGGCAGUGGCAGCGGCAGCGGGGAGGGCAAGAAUAUGAAUCUGUUGGUCAAUGGAUUGACUAUCGGUUUCACCGAGGAGUCGGUCGCUGGUAAGAAUAUCAAGAUCCAAGCUGGCGACACGGGCCGUGUCCAAUUGUCUAUCGCCGGUGAACGACGGCCGAAACAAUACCAUGCGGCUGGAUCUUCGUAUUCAGACCAGACGGGUCGUUCCGUCCGCCGAGAACCGGAUGAGGUUCCACGACGUCCGCGUGAUGAUCGUCGCUCUGAACGGGCAAGCCGUCGCUCGAGUCAAUCGACCUAUGGCGAUAAUCGUCGUUAUGCGCGUUGA